AAAACAGGGAAAACCCUCCCAAAUCCCCACUCUGGGAAUAAAACCACAUUCAUUGGGAUAACGUCAAUCCAUGCUGGAACGCCAACACUCCUCAGAGCCAGAAAAACCUUUGGAAUUAAAACAUCCCUGCCCCCAAAACCCCGGGGACAAAGCCGUGCGUGAUCCUACAAAAUGCCAGCCCCGCUUUGGGGUGACUCUUCCCAGAUUUUUGGGAUCCGACGUCUUUCCCCCCCUCCCUCCUCCUUUUCCCGGAUUUUUUCCCUGCAGAUGGAUGGGGAGAGGCUCCGUGACGUCGCCAGCUCACUCUGAUCUCAUUUUAAUGAAAUCAUUCCCAAAGCACGGCUCCACGUCUGGAAUUACGACUCCAACCCCGUGAUCCCUCAUUUUUUAUAAAUACACCAGGGAGGGGGGAAAAGGUUUCCAGAGAGAGGGAAAAAAAUAUCCCGGUCCCUGAAAAAGGAAUCAGGGAAGAGCCAGGGAGGAGAAGUUCGGGAAAGGCUCCCGAUGCCUCUUUCCCGGGAGUGAUUCCACGGCAAAUCCUUCCCAUCCCAAGAAUCCAGGAGAAGCAGGCCACCGCCAUGUCCCACCCCAGGCUGCUGCUCCUCCUCAUCCUGCUCGGAGCUGCCGGGACCGGCCGGGCCCUAAGCCUCUCCAACGCCGCCUCCAUCUUCAGCUGCCUCAACGCCGCCCUGUCGGAAGCGCAGAAGAUCCAUCCCGAGGAAAACGCCGUCCUGGACAAGCGCGGCUCCGAGUCACCGUCCCUGGAGGAGGCGUCCGAGGAGGAGGCGGAGGAGGAAGAGCUGGGGAAAAGGACAUUCCCGGGGGACGGCCACUCCCGAUACGCGUCCCAGGCGCGGCUGAAGGGCAAGAGCUCGCAGAACCGGGCCAAGAGUGACCGGCACACCAAGGUCACGCUGUCGCUCGACGUCCCCACCAACAUCAUGAACAUCCUCUUCAACAUCGCCAAGGCCAAGAACUUGAGGGCCAAGGCGGCGGCCAACGCCCACCUCAUGGCCCAGAUUGGGCGGAGGAAGUGACCGGGCCACCGCCCGAGGGGACCGAUGUGUGACAGCGGCAUUGUCUGGUUCUGACCCAUCCAGCGACCUCACAUCCUUCUCCCGCCCUUCUCUCCUCCCCACCCUCCUCCGUCGUUCCUUCCGGACAUUUCCACGCGCAGGGAAGAGGUUCCCGUCGCCAGUGGGGCACAGGGGACGCGUCACCCGGGAAGGUUCCUGAUUAAAGCUGCCAUUUCUGGAGUUUCCAA